ACUGGAAAGUGACCUCAGUUUUGACACAAUAAUCCCUCUUUUUCACUCUCCCUCCCUCUGCUGGACUGUAGUACCAGUUAGGGCACUGAAUGCAGUCUGGGAUUGUGUGUGUGUAUGUGUGUGCGUGUGUUUUGGUUUGCUUGGAAGAUGUUCAUCCCCUCCAGCUUCUCCUCUUGCUCUGCAGGAAGAUAGCAGGCAGAAUCCAGCAGAAGUUGUGUUUUCUGGUACAAUUGGGUCAUUGGAAUCAUGGGAGUGACCCAUGGAAAGAAAGCUGAUCAUAAUCUUCAAAGUCAUAAUUCCCCCUGUGCUCAACCACUUAUUGGACCUGGUGAAUCAGAUUUAGUCUCUGAUCUUGGAUCUGUGAUAGACCCUGAUCAGAGGUGGGCAAGAGAAGAGGAUUUAGACCACAGCAAGUUGCUUCCUGAGCACACGGACUAUGAAGAGCUCAUCAGGCCCAAAAAACUCCACAAUCCCAUCAAAGCGUCCAAGAGCCACCGGGAGCUCCAGCGAGAGCUGAUUAUUACACACAAAAGAGGAGCAGUGGUGGAGGAGAAGCCAGAGUUACAGAGAGUUCUGGAACAGAGGAACAGAGCUCAAGCUCUGAAACAAGAGCAAAAACAAGAAGAGGAGAAAUCACCCCUGGAGCAGGAGUUACUGAAGAGACAGAUGAGGUUAGAGAAGUUUGAGAAAGAAGCCGAAGAGCAGAGGGAAAGGUUAAAGUGCGCUCCAGAGUUCAUUAGAGUCAAGGAGAGUCUGAAGAGGACAGCGAUCACAAGUGCUGCGGAGAAAGAGCUGUAAUCACACAUCAGCAACAGCAACAGAUCUGCAGCUGCAAUCAAAUUUAUUCAGCCCCAUUUACAUGCAAGGCAUUCUGCUGCUGUGAACAAAAAAGGUAUGAAAACGGUUCGACCAAGGCAUCGGUAAACUGUUAUAGAAGGGGUGAUACAUGGUUUCCGCUACAUUCAUUCUUCCAUGGCGGGGCGCCACACCGAAAUUCAUCCCACCAUGGCUACAUUACAACCUCUCAUUCAAAACAUUCAGUCGUUUUUUUAUAGCAGGUUAUAAUCGCACCAAAACAUAUUAAAAGGUAAGUGAAUUAUAACAGCGUGAACUUUUCUGUACUCGUAGUAGUGCAGUAUGCUGUUUGUUUAACCCUUUAAGGUGACGUGCUGACUGACAGAUGCGUGAUGCAUAAGGCCAACAAACACGACGUAUAGCUUUCAGUUAUGAAGAACACAGUUUUCAUUAUAUUUUAUUUAUAGUUAAAGGUCUAUUGCUCUACAUACAAUGA